CGCCAACCUCUGUUAACGUCAAAGGCGCGUGCUUGUUCGACCUCUUCUCUUCUCAGAGAAUGGCGACGAGCUUCUGCAGCUUGUUGCUCCCAGUCUGAGCAGUUCAUGGUGCAAAGGACAGAAUACACGCUGCUCAAGCCCCUGACUGGAGCAUCGGCGCGUGACGAAUCUGACGACCCCCUGAGCGAUCGUCAUCUUCAACAAACACAAAAGAUGGGCAAAGCGACCGCCAACAAAGCCGUGCAGCAGAGAUCCGAGGGCGCAGAAAUCAGCACAACCGAUCCAUCCCAGUCACCUGAAGAGGCUGAUGUACAAGAAAUAUCGCCAACGACGGGGACAACACGCACGCUCUCGCGCAUAUCAACGACCUCCACCGUCACAUAUAAAGUCUACAAGCGCCGCUUCUACGGCCUUGUUGUUCUAGUCCUCCUCAACAUCGUUGUGUCUUGGGACUGGAUCGCCUUUGCACCCGUCUCGUCCACAUCAGCCAAGUACUUCAACACCUCCGAGGCAAACAUCAACUGGGUAUCAACAGCCUUCCUCUUCGCCUUCUGCGUCGCUACGCCGCCCACGUUCUACGUGCUGCACAAACAUGGCCCCAAAGCCGCCAUCAUCAUCACAGCAGUGCUACUGCUCAUUGGCAACUGGAUCAAAUAUGGCGCCACCCGCGCCAACAGCUUCCCCGGUGUCAUGGUCGGCCAGUUGAUAAUCGGCUUCGCCCAGCCCUUUGUACUGUCUACCGCCACAAGCUACAGCAACUUGUGGUUCAGCCCUGCCGGACGCACCACCGCGACGGCCCUGGCCUCACUGUCCAACCCAUUCGGCGCCGCACUCGGCCAGCUUAUCUCCCCCUUCUGGGCGAACAAGCCGUCCGACAUCCCCAACAUGAUCCUGUACAUCUCCAUCAUCUCCUCCGCCGCAUGUCUCCCGGCAUUCUUCGUCCCCGCCAAACCACCCACGCCGCCCUCCGCUGGCUCUGUGCCCGACCACAUGGACCGCGCCUCAUUGCGCAAAGACAUGCACAUCCUCAGCAGAUCGCUCGAAUUCUACUUAUUAUUCAUCCCCUUUAUUGUGUACGUCGGCUUCUUCAACGCCUUCUCCAGCCUGCUCAACCAGAUCCUCGAGCCCUAUGGUUUCAGCGAGACCGAUGCCGGAAUCGCUGGUGCGGUGCUGAUCGUCGUCGGCCUGGUUUGUUCGGCAAUAUCCUCGCCCUUCAUCGACCGGUACAAAUUCUACCUCGUGUACAUCAAAGCUGCCAUUCCGGUCCUGGGCAUUUUCUAUCUGAUCUUCAUUUGGGCCCCGCAGACGCAUUCGAUAGCGUACGUCGACCUCGUGUGCGCGGUGCUGGGCGCUGCAAGUUUCGGUCUGGUCCCUGUGGCCUUGGAAUUCCUGGUCGAAAUCCACUACCCGCUGGGCCCGGAGUUGGGGACCAGUCUAUGCUGGUGUGGUGGGCAGUUAUUGGGCGGCAUUUUCAUCGUCGUGAUGAACGCGCUGAAGAAUGGCAAGGAUGCGGACCCGCCUCUCGGCAUGAAGCGUGCUUUGAUCUUUCAGGCUGUACUAGGGUUGGCGGUUGUGCCGCUGCCGCUGUGUUUGGGACUAUUCGGACGUGCUGGGCGGGUGAGAAGGUUGAGAUGGGAGGCUGAUCGGAAUUCAGUCGGUACGGUAGAUACGGUGGUCGACGGUGCUUAUCAUGAUGAGCUGCCCGUUGAUGUUGAGCCUGUCGCUCCUGCUAGAGGUGUGUGACAUACGAAGAGGACAGAAUCUUGUGCCUACAGAUCAGUAUAUAUCUCAUAGAAAUUUCUACUGCACAUGACGAUUGCAGUAAUAUUUGA